CGGUGCCGCUGCUUGACUCAGCACUAGUUAACAAAGUGGAAGAAGAAGAGAAGCCUCAGUUCUGGCUGCCGGCCUUGUGUUCGUGAAUGAAGUCCGCCAAUAAUGUCUGAAGAACAGGCUUCCCCCGGCUCGGAACACCGGUGACCGGUCUCAGGUUUAUUCAGAACUUGGGCAGUGUGUGUGUGUGUGCCUGUAUGUGCGUGUGUGUGUGUGCACACAUGCACAUGCAUUUGUGCACGUGUGGACACUAACUCUAAAGUGAUGGGACCAAGGAGGAAGGCUUCAAAACUGCCCCCUCCAGCAGGCAGCAGUGGAGGGGACGUAGCCCUGAGAGCCGCCGAGCCCAAGGACUACAUCAAUGAACUGUCCCACGAGGUCCUCUGUCACAUAUUCAGGUACCUUCCUAUGAAGGACAUCAUGUGCAUGGAGUUUCUGUCUAAAAAGCUUCGUGAAGCUGUGAGUCUGUACUUGCGAGUAAUCAAACUGGUGGAUCUGUGUGCAGGUCGCUGGUGGGAGUACAUGUGCCUGCAGGUGAGAGGUCCGACCCCGCCGUGACACCCAGAGCAACACAUCCUGUCACUAACCCUAAUUUAAACCUGAUGAAUAAACAUCAGAGAAGCAUGACCUAAGCAUGAAACGUCGGACAGGUUCCUCUGAUCUGUCGACUGAUCCAUAUGAAUUUAUAUCAGAACCUUGAACAGCUUUGAGCCACAGCAGGAAGUGGCUGAAUCACACGUACAAGACCAGGAGGAACCUGGCAACAUGAUUACUCGUACAUCCUGGUGACUGAGCUUGAGAAGAGAUGAGGAAGGGACAACAGUAGCUCAGGAGGUAGAGCGGGUCGUCCAGUAAUCUGAAGGUUGCAGGUUCGAUCCUGGCUCCAACCAGAGAAUGCUGCUGUUGUGUCCUUGGCAAGACUAACCCGCCUUGCCUGUUGGUGGUGGUGGUCGGAGGGCCAGUGCUCGGCAGCCUCGCUCUGACAUCGCGCCCCAGGGCAGCUGUGGCUACAUUGUAGCUCAUCCCCACCAGAGUGUGAAUGUGUGCGUGAAUGGGUGAAUGACUGAUUGUGUUGUGAAGUACCUUGGGGGAGAACCCUAAGAAAGGGCUAUACAAUUACAGGCCAUUUACCAUAUUUUACCAUGUCUUAGGUCAGACAUCUGCUGCCUCUAGUUAAAGAAGAGGUUUCGCUGACAAGUGAAUAAAAAACGGAGGCAGUGGAAGAGUUGCGUUGCUGUUAGCCAAUCAGAGGUGAGAUAUCAUGAAUAUUAAUGAACUAGAUGCCCCAACCAACUUCUACUUCCUGAAGCAUUAGCAUCAGCUUUUUCCCCACAGAGAACGUCCCACAAGACAUUUGUUCAUACCAGAGGCUACAGCAGAUUAAUGGAAAAAUGAGCGUAGAUGUGGAGCACUUGUUUAUUCAACACAUCUGCAGCGGUCUCUAGUAGGUAUGAGUGCCUUGUAAGUCAUACUCUGGGGACAAAAAAAAAACCCAGUGUACCGGUGUCAGGAAUUAGAAAAUUUCACAUCAGAAUAGAGUUUCAGAAUGAUCUGGAGUUUUAUUUCCUGAUAUGUGGACAUCUCUCCUCUGAUUGGCUAACAGCUCUACCACUGACUCAGUUUGCUCUGCAACGUUGAUGUUUUAUCUCCACAAAUAACACAAGCCUCCAUGAAUGUUAGUGACAGUGUGACGUAGAUCUGUCAGGAUUUUCUAAUCCUAGAGUUUCACCGUCAGAAGCUAAUGCAGGAGAUAGGUGUAGGAGACUAUUUUCAUGUUCAGCCUGCAUGAAAAACUCAGUGUGACUCAUUAUAAUCAUAAAUAAUCAUUAAAAAAGUUUUUGGAGUGUUCCCCACCUUUAAGGCUUCUGUUGGUGUGUUAAGGAACAAUUUUGUGUUUGUUUCUAUGUUUGUAGGUUUUACAGACAGUAGCUUUUUGACUCUUUUGAAGAAGAUGCCUGACCUGGAGCAGCUGUACGGUCUUCAUCCUCGUUUCCUUGAAAGGAGACGAGUCCGAGGUUGUGAGGCCUUCAGCAUACCAGGAGUUCUGGAAGCACUGCAAGUCUGUCCAAGUCUGCUGGGAGUUGAGACAUCCCACCUGGAGCUGGUGGAGGCCAUUUGGAACUACAUGCCCCAGGUUCACAUUCUAGGGAAGUUCCGCAACCGUAACGGCGCCUUUCCCAUUCCUGCUGAGAACAAACUCACCAUCCCCACAACUGCAAAAAUCCAGACCCUCCACCUCAUAGGUGUGAAUGUCCCAGAGAUCCCUUGUGUGUACAUGCUUCGCCACCUGUAUCUGAAGUGGGUUCGUCUUACCAAACCGCAGCCGUUUAAGGACUUUCUGUGUGUGAACCUGAGGACGUUUGUCAUGAGGAACUGUGCAGGGCCGACCAACUCGCUGAAGUAUGUCCCGCUGGUUACGGGUUUAGCAUCGGCCCGCAAUCUGGAACAGCUGGAGCUGGUGAGAGUUCCCUUCCUGGGAGGGCUGAUCCAGCAUGUGGUGGAGGACAGCUGGAGGUCAGGAGGAUUCAGGAACCUCCACACCAUUGUGUUUGGAGCUUGUAAAAAUGCUUUGGAGGUGGACUUGGGCUACCUUAUCAUCACCGCUGCUCGCAGGCUUCAUGAGCUGCGCAUCCAGCCUUCACUAACAAAAGACGGUGUCUUCUCAGCCCUCAAAAUGGCCGAGCUUGAGUUUCCUCAAUUUGAGACACUUCACCUGGGAUAUGUGGACGAGUUCCUCUUACAAUGUAAGAUGAGUCACUCUGAGCUGGUGAAGUACGGGCUGGCUGAUGUCGUCGAGAACCCUGGUAUCAUCACUGAUAUCGGCGUAAAGGUGGUGAAUGAAGUGUUGCCUAAUAUCAAGUAUUUGCUCAUCUACAACUGCCCUCACCUUCAUAACCCUCACCACUGGAUGUCUGAUCAGUCCAGAUGGAACCGCCUUGUCGAUCUCACUCUAGUUCGCUGUCAUGCUAUCAAACUGCCGUCCUUUUCCCAGUUCAUAGAGUCCCUCCCCUGUCUGGAGUUUAUCUGCCUGGACCAGAUGUUCAGAGAACCGCCCAAGGGCUGUGCCAGAGUGGGCCUGAGUGCCGGCACGGGAAUCGGAGUGUCUUCUGCUCUGGUCAGCAACCAGAACUCUAACAAUGACAACAACCAGCACCACCCCCCUAAUAACGAGGCCAACGUGCCUCCUCCACCUCCACCUCCACCCCACAACAACAACAACCAGAGGCCGCAGCAGCCGCACGGUGAGCUCUACACAGGUCUGGGUGAAGCAAUGGAAAUAAAUGGAAUGGAGGAAGAUGAUAUGGAUGAAGAAGAUGAGGCUGUUUAUGAAGAAGAAAAGGCUGAAGCUCAGAUCAACGUGGAGGAUAAAGAAGGAGGACUGGGUAUGGAUGAUCCCAGUGGUCAAGUUGGACCCUCAGCCCCCCCUGAUGAGGAACAAGCAGGUCCCAGUGGUUUAAACCAGCAGUGCAGACCCACCUACGGUGCUGCUCACAAGCCACCUCCUGUCAUCUCAGACUCUGACAGUGAGGAAGAGGAGGGUCUUGUUUCAAGGCUGAUGCCUCCUUCCUCGUUUCUACAUCCAGAUUCAUGUCCCAAAGGUAAAGGAAAAACUCCACUUCGGCGCAGCAGCACCGCUGCUGCCUCUGAUCAGUCUAAGCCUCGGCUGUUACAGAGCAGCUGUGAGAAGAGCUGCCAGGUGACCAGCGAACAAAUUAAGGCAGACAUCAAGGCUGCUACUGAGAGCUCUGGAAGGACUAGCAAUAAAGAAAUGACUUGUGAUACUGCGGAGGCCAAUCCAAGACCAAGGACUGAUGGUGGGACAGAACAGAGCACUGGGAAUGCUGAGCAAGGAGCAAACUCCAGAGACAGACCAGUGGCUGGAUCUGCUGCAGUCCACUCCAGCCCAAUGCAGAGAUGUGGAGUAGGAGGUGGAAACACCCACAGAACGAACAACCACCGAGCUUCUGGAUUCAUGAGGAGUGACAAGAACCUGUGUAAAGAACAGACUGGGUGUAGUUUAACACGGGGGGCUGGGGUGAGGAAGGCUUCUGGUUCUGCUGGUGUGGACAGACCAGAGUCCAGAUGUCCUGCUCCUAGCACUCUGGGACAGAGACACAGAGACACUGCUGGGGCUUCCUCUGGUACCGGGUCACACCAAAAUGCCGGUCAGGAUUUUGUUCCCAGAAGGCCUUUGACUAGAUCGUGCACUCGCUUGUCUUCUGCACCUUUGGUACCCGAGACAGAGCUCUGCAGACCCAGGGCUCGAGUGGCAGUAAAAAGGAAACAAAUGGCUGACAAAUCAACCAGCACCUCGGACCCUGUCACCGAGGACGACCACGUUCAGGUUUUGACUUUGAAGAGUAAGAACCUGGUUGGCAUCACGUUAACAAACUGUGGAAUCACUGACCUUGUCCUGAAAGACUGUCCCAAGAUGAUGUUCAUCCAUGCCACCAGGUGUCGAGUGUUGAAGCAGCUGCAGAUCGAGCGGGCGCCCAUUGUCAACAGAUUUGAUUUUGCUCAGUGUAAGAAGCUGGACAUGGAACAGGUUCUGGAUCAGAUCCUUAGAAUGCCUCCAGAGAGAAAUCGCAUCAUCUAUAUGCGCCCGAUGCACCAGAUCGACUCUGUGGCGUUGGAGCGGCAGCUCUUCCAGGGGCCUUAUCCAUAUCAUAUUGCAAUAGUUCACGAGUUCAGCAAUCCACCAAAUAUACGCAACAAAGUUCGCAUUCGCAGCUGGAUGGACACCAUAGCCAACAUCAGCCAAGAGCUGAUCAAGUACGAGUUUUUCCCCGAGGCCACCAGAACAGAAGAAGAUGUGAAGAAGUAUCCCAGAUACCCCUGGGGUCGGGACAUCUACACACUUGAAGGAGUGGUGGAUUGUGCUCCCUACAGCAUGGUGACAGAUUUUCCCUGGCUAAGAACUCUUCGGGCGACCAAUCCUAACAGCUAUGCCCGCUGCGACUUUGAGGAUGAUGAAAGCACCACCAUCUACGCUCCACGGCGUAAAGGACAGCUGUCUGCUGACAUCUGCAUGGAGACCAUUGGUGAGGAGAUCUCAGAGUGCAGACAGAGGAAAAGAGGUGUUUUUCAACGAGUGGUGGUCCUCUUCCUUCAUUACUGUGAUACUCCAGGAGAGCCCGUGGACGACGACUACAUCUGACUGAACAUGUUUUUAUUCACGGACUUCUGCAUCACAACUGCAAGUCUUUAUUAGCUUUAUGAGGAACCAACGGCCAAAUCCGACGACGCUUGUUCUGGACGUUUCAAAGACGGUCGGUGUAAAAAUGUAAUUUGCUGUUAGACUUGUCCUGACGAUGAAACUGGAGAUAGUUUUCUUCCUUUUGAAAUUUAAAUGUUUGAAACAUUUGAUGCCUAACCUCGUUUGUCAGAGCAGUAAUUUAUGUUCAACCAUAGAAUAUUGUAUAUUCAUAUAAAAAAGACAAACCGCUGUUCUGAUGUCAGAUUAAGGCCUUAUUACUGCUGCCUGUUUCUUUCAGAAUGACCUGUUUUUAUGUGCAUAAACAGUUUUUGGAAGCUG